AAGUUGCGGUGCGCGUGGAGGAUGUUCCGCCGCCUCCGCCGGGGGGAGGGGAUCCGCCAGCAACGGCUGCCGGGCCACCAUGAAGGAGUUCAGGAGCCAGGGCCUCGAUCCCCCCCACGUCGUGAUCGGGCGCGGGGCGCAGCUGCUGCAGGAGCACCCUGACCUCAUCGUACGGUUCCAGGCUUUCCUGCCGCUGGGGUACCGCCCGGACGUCCCCCAGCCCGCCGCGGGCGCCGGCGGAGGCGGAGGAGGAGGAGGCGGCGGCGGCGGCGAUCCGCGGCUGAUGAGCCCGCAGCCCCCGGGCCACGGCCACUGCGGCGAGCCCUGGAAGCAGCCGCAGAUGCGGUACGCCGAGGGAAAGGGCCAGGCGCCCCUGGAGGCCGACUCGGAGGAGUUCAACAACGCCAUCAGCUACGUGCACAAGAUCAAGACCCGCUUCCUGGAUCACCCCGAGAUCUACAGGUCCUUCCUGGAGAUCCUGCACACCUACCAGAAGGAGCAGCUGCACGGGCCGGGCUGCGCGCCGCGCCGCAUGUCGGAGGAGGAGGUCUUCACCGAGGUGGCCCAGCUCUUCCGCGGCCAGGACGACCUGCUGCUGGAGUUCCAGCAGUUCCUGCCCGAGGCCAAGCGCUCGCUGCUCACGGGCGGCGGCGGGCCGGGCGAGGGCCGCGGCGAUCCGCGGGGCCCCGGGGCCGGCGGCCAGCGCUCGGGCCCGCGCGCCGCCGCGCCGGGGCUGCACAAGUCCAGGUGA